CUUUAAGUGCCAGGUCCUGCUGUUAUAAUUACACUUUACUGAAACGUAAUGAUUCAAAUUCAGUCAGAAAUUCAGGUCCUACCUUCAAAUAGUAAGAUGAUGUGAAGCUUUUACUUUUCAUAGUAAAGUUUGACACCUUCCUUCCUCUAACUGUAGGCAGUUUUGUCUCCUUUUUAAAAAUGUUUCUGCUAAUCCCUGCUGCAGCCCUUUAAGUGUCUGCGACUCUUUAGUGUUUCUCACCCGACUCUGAUUCAGGCUUUUAAGUACUUUUUAAAGUACAUGGCCGUUAUUGACUCACACUAUGUCCAGACCCACUUAGUGCACCGACUGAAAACUGUUGCGGCGAAGGUUCCUCUGAGUUAAUUUCCCAUCAACUGCCAGAGGAAUUUUUCUUUUAGCCCAUCCUCCGCUUGAAGUGACCUGUAGAACUCAAAGCACGGCCACCGGGAGGCGACGGUUGGUGCCAGUAAAUUACCUCGGGGACUGGACAUUGUGUCGGGCACACAGUCAUGAAUUUCUUACAAACUAUAUCAAAGUCCUGUUGAGGCAGAGUCGUCCCUCAGACCGGGUCCCAUUGAGACACAUCAAAAUGUAAGAAGUUGCAUUUAAGGGCUGCAGUGAGGAUCUCAAAGGAAGACGCUCCCAGUACAGCCAUGAAAUUUAUGCAGUUGGCGCGUGUGGCUUUGUGGCUUAGCAUAGUGUGACAGCUCAUAUUCAAAGAUGAUUAAUGUGGAAAUUUAGUCAAAAUAAGAAUUAAUAUACUUGGCACAAACUCCCUUUGUCGCAGAUGCAUUUGGAGUUGAAUGAACAUUAGGGAAGAUGGAUGGGCGCUAAUGUUAAAACAGAACAACAAACGUUAGCAAUAAAACUAAACACUGCUUUGACAGUUGGCCAUAACAAUUGGUGUCACGGCAGCAUGACUCCUUCCUGCCCCCAGUGGCAUCUGGUCUGAUCAUAGAAAAAGAAAACACGCUAAUUUAGCCAAGACAUAGGUCAAUGUUAGCCAUAAUUAUAUCAAUAUCAGAUUACAUUUAGGCAAAAGUACAGAAAAUUAGCUUCUAGUUAGCCUUCAGUGACGCAGGGCACAAAAGAUAUAAAAGUUGUCCAAAAAAUUCAAGCAACAGAUCUAAGUUAGCUUAAUGCACAAGUGCUACAAAUUAGCCAAAAAUCUCUACAAGUUGAAAUGUAAGUGGAAUCUACCACUAUUAUAUAACAGUGAAGUAACUGUUAUUAAUAGAUAGACGUACCUGAAAGCAUUUCAUGGGCAAACAUUAAGGGUUGCCAGGUUUGUUGUUGUUUAUCCUCCUGUAGGUGAAUAUAUUUGUCCUAACUUUAGUUAAAAACAAAACAUUUUCCACUGACUUCUGCUAAGAUCAGUGCCAGACUCCUUUGUGUAUGAAUCAGUGGAGAAUGUGCUGCCGUGUCACAGUCGUGCUCACCACCAGCUGCCAUAAUGAUGUAAACAGGGUUGAUCUCCAGUGUGUGGUGACUACAGCAGUCCUGUAGACAGUGUUGUUGUAGAGCGUGGUGCAGUGGAGCCCAGCAGGACUCCUCCUCUCCCUCAUGACUGUGUAUAAAGCCGUGGGAGAGGACGGGAACAUUAAUCCCUUCAAAGGAACACAUCUAAUUCAAAAUCUGCUGCUCCAAACUUGAGAGGACGGUGAUUGUUUCUGCAGGGAAGCCAGACAGAGAUCACAGAGUCGAUAAAGAAAACUUCCAUUCCCACUUCUCACACAAACUAUUUUUUGUUUUUAAUUUGCAUUGGGGUUUUUUUGUUACCUGUGUCAGACCAGGCUUCUCCAGUGUCUCAGAGCUAAAUGUGAACUAUUCAACAACUUUCUGACCUUUUUUAUCAUCCAGGAACACAUUCAUGAAUUUAUGAUUCAUGAUUUUUCCAUUUUGAAUAAUCUGCAAGGACAGAUGUUUGAGCAUCCAUCGUGUGUAUGGCUUUGGCUUUUUAUUAUUUAUUGUUCCCGUUGUUCACUAUAAGCUUUUCCUUAAUUAAUUUUCAAAUUAAUGCACUGGUCUCCGGUGACAUUUUUUUGUUUGUUUUGUUUUUGUCUAAUGUUACGUCUACUAAUUUAUUUGUUUGUAUGUUUUUGCUUUUCAUUGUUAAAAACAUAAAUGCUUUUCUUACCUUUGGAUGAUUGUUGGCUAACUUUGAUGUGUUGUGUGACAAUAUUGUUGUCUUCUUGCCAACCUUUGACCUGUUUGUUUGUAUCUGUUGGACUUGUCUGUAGUUUUGUGUGGUUUCUUGUGACUUUUGUUGCUGGUUAUUUUUGCUAAGAAAUUGAUCAUUCUAGUUGUUCUUUUAGUAUAUUUUGCUGAUAUUAGCAUGUGGCUAAAUGUUAACACUGACUAAAUGUCUUCAUUAUUAUUUUCCCUUAAUGAGUUUAUUUUUACUGCAUGUUGGCUAAUUCUUAAUUUAAAAUAAUCUCAAGGCUUGAACUUGUUGUUGGACAAACUUUGCAACAAGGUUUGAUAUUAAGUGGAUAAAAGAUAUAUAUAUAUAUAUUGGCUUCUCAUAUUUUUGAAUAUUAGUUAAAAUUAGCUAAAAUUUCAAUUUCCAACAAAGAAGGAAGGGAAAUAAUUCGAAUUUGUAGCCUCAGAUUGCGAUGAAUGAAAACGAAAGGGGCAUUUAAAUAAAUCAGAGGGCCAUAAUUGUGUGUUUAAUGCUGCGCCGUGCUUCAAAGACACAGAAAUGUUUUAGUCCAACUGAGAAAUAUGAAAGAGUGGGGGAUUCUUUAUAGUUAAGAACCUUGUGUUGAGUCACUUUUGGGUCCAUCAAACAGUCAGAUCUCCGCUGAUAACAAUGUCACAUUGUCACUACACUGGCUCCUGCCACAAAUCCUUAAUUAUAAAAAAAAGGGGGGAAUCAGAUGACUACAGCAUCCCAUACCGGGGGUCUCCAGGCGGCAUGGGGGUCUUUGAUCAGGAAAAUCCAAUUAUUUGUGUAUAUACAUUUCCCACAUAGUGAUUACUUCAUUAAUUGUCCCGCCUUUAUCUCCUCCCUUCCCAUCCCCCCUAAUAAUCAGCUCCUUUAUCCAGAGCAACAAACACACCAUAGGAGCUUUGUGGAUUCAAAGGAUUUGCUUCCCUCCUCUCAAAGAGCCGCCAUUCUUUGAUGAUUGGGCAGCGGCAAACUUCAAAGUCAUAAAUCUUAUUUGUGACUGGCUGGCGGCCCAUCAAAGUCCUUAUCAAGUCCUAAGAAGUGAUCCCUCACUCCUCAGAUGGAAGCAGGAGAUCUCGGAGAGAGGAGUCACAGCCCGCUGCAGCGGAGGAGCACGUUGGUCUGAAUUAGCACCAGUGUAUAUUUUAUUUUUAUUUCCGUUUCAUCCCUGCGAGAAAAGCAAAAAGCGGGAGGACUACCUUUACCAUGGCAGCAGUGGCGGUGCUGCGGAAUGAAACACUCCAGGCUUUUCUCCAGGACCGCACUCCGAACUCGUCUCCAGAGAACUGUAAGCACUCUCCGCUGGCUCUCCUGGCUGCCACUUGUAACCGGAUCGGGCAUCACCACCACGGAUCGAACCCCACAGAUUUCCUCCAGGUUCCUUACGACCCGACCCUGGGCUCCCCUUCGCGUUUAUUUCACCCGUGGACUAACGAGGGGAACCCUCAGAACUCCCUGAGCACCAACUCCACUUUUGGACUAUCCUCCAAGACGCAGCUCUCCGCGCACAUCCAGAGCUCCUUCAGUCCGCACCAUCACCACGAACUGCCCCUCACUCCUCCAGCGGACCCGGGCUCAUACCCUUAUGAAUUCUCUCCUGUGAAGAUGUUACCUUGCUCCAUGCAGUCCCUGCAGUCCACCUGCCCCCCUACGUACGUCCCUGCUGUCAGUUACGCAGCGCCACCGUCCAUUCCUCCACCCGCGAUGCCAACUUUUGUCACCGGACCGUCCGGCCUGGUGCACCAGCAGCAGAGACAGUUGUCCCCGAACCCCGGAGAGGACAUCCCGUGGUGGAGCCUCCAGCAGGGCAAUCAUCACCACCACCACCACCACCACCACUCCUCAUCCUCCACCCUGGCUCCGCACCGCUUCCAGCUUCAGAGGAGUCUGGUGCUGGGACACACGGACUUUGCGCAGUACCAGACGCAGAUCGCGGCGCUGCUCCACACCAAAUCUCCCCUGGCGUCCGCGCGCAGGUGCAGGAGGUGCAGGUGUCCGAACUGCCAGGCGUCCACCUCCAACGACGAGCCAGGCAAGAAGAAGCAGCACAUCUGUCACAUCCCGGGCUGCGGGAAGGUUUACGGGAAGACCUCUCAUCUGAAGGCGCACCUGAGGUGGCACUCCGGGGAGAGACCGUUCGUCUGCAACUGGCUCUUCUGUGGCAAGAGCUUCACCCGCUCUGAUGAGCUGCAGAGACACCUGAGGACUCACACCGGGGAGAAGCGCUUCGUGUGUCCGGACUGCUGCAAGAGGUUCAUGAGGAGUGACCACCUGGCCAAACACGUCAAAACUCACCAGAACAAAAAGAGCAAAUGUCAGGAGAAGACACUGGACCACGUCAAGAAGGAGGACACCAGGAGCCUGUUGUGACUGUCCUCCAACACUCCAGAAGUCCACAGCAGGAUCCGCUCCCUCUGUAGUACAGUCCAGUCAGUGCUCAGUGUAGGUCCCUGACUCCUUCAUCCUAGUUCACACCUGAAGAGUUCUGGUUCUGAGUGGGACAGUUUGAAGUGUACAUAAAAAGUAUCAUAGGUUAAUUUUUGGACCUUCGACAACUUAAAACUCACGAGUUUGAAUCCAGAGUCUUUUCCAUAUCACAACAAGAAAAGACACGUUUUCAACUCGUGUUUUGAUCAUUGUCUUCACUGGAAGAUUUUCUUUUCCUGUAAAUUCUAUAUAAGAGCUUUUGUUGAAUGAAAGUGUCACUUUUUUUGCUCCAUUUUGGGGUGUUUUUUUUUUUGUUUGUUUGUUUUUUAAAAGCAUGCUCUUAAAAAAGAUCUGCUAUUGUUGUUUGAUCCUAAAAUAAUGUUGGAAAAUAAAGAUUAUAACUUUUUUUCGUGGCGGAAUAAUUAAUUUAAUGGAGCGGAAAAGACUGCGUUUAUAUUCAGUAUAUCAUUUGGUAAUAACUGAGUGAUGGACACAAAAGAAUGUCACUGAUUUAUACAUUUAUUUCCAAAAACAAUGUUGUGUAACUCCAUAUGGUCCAAAAUAUAAUAUUUAAUUUAGUUAUUACGAGUUUU